AUGCCCUGCGCUUGGAUAACUUCUGAUCUUCAGCUACAACUAAUUUUGACUCUCUUCUUAGUUGCAGAAUGCUUCAGUGAGGGAAUGAAAGGUCCUAUAACAUCAAACAACUCAAUGCAGCAGAUGGACAAUGGCAAUCACAGUUCAGAUUCAAAAAUUACUUCAUCUAUGGACAGAAAGCAGAGCACUGUAACACUUCCUACAGAAGCUAACACUUCACUAUUGGUACUAGUGGGUACAAAGUCUGUGCUCUAUUGCCCUCCUGUGCUGCGGACAAAUGUGCUGGUAGCAACAUGGGAAAUAGUCCUCAGAGACAAGCCACCCUGCUUCAGAGCCUUUAGGCGUGAUACGAAUCAGACCACAACAGAAAACUGUACAGAUGAGAGAAUAAUUUGGGCCUCCAGACCUGAUGAGAAUCUUGCUCUUCUGAUUUAUCCAGUGGCCAUCACUCAUGAUGGGAAUUACACGUGUCAUAUAGUAACACUUGAUGGGAAUUUCCAACAUGGAUAUCACCUCCAAGUGUUAGUGCCCCCUGAGGUGACCCUGAUUCAAACUGAGAAUGGAACUGCAGUGUGCAAAGCAGCUGCAGGGAAACCAGCUGCACAGAUCUCCUGGACCCCAGAGGGUGAUUGUGUCACUGAGCAAGAGCCUUACUGGGGUGAUGGCACAGUGACUGUCCAGAGUACAUGCCGCUGGGGGGGCCACAAUGUGCCUGCUGUGUCCUGCUUUGUCUCCCACUUGACUGGCAACAAGAGUCUGUCCAUACAGCUGGAAAGAGAUACCAAUAUAUUAUCACUUUCAAGUAUUUUAUAUAUCAUUCUCCCUAUUUUUAUUAUCUUGGUCAUCGUGGGAUCCAUUUGGCUUUUGAAAAGCAGUGGCUACAGAAAAUGUAAAUUUAAAAAAACAGAACAUGCUCCAGUUGUUGAAGAGGAUGAAAUGGAACCCUAUGCCAGCUACACAGAGAAGAACAAUCCACUUUAUGAUAUUACAAACAGGGUGAAGACAUCUCAGGUAUUACAAAGUGAAGCUGAUGGGAUGAAUCUCCAUACUAUAUAUGUUCCUGGAGUGUAA